GAUACAUUGCAAAGAUGGCGACGUCCUCUUCAACCAGACGCGUUUUCAGUCUUUGCAAACAGUUGCAGACUGUUUGUCGAAUAUCUUCGCAGAUAAAUAUUCAACGACGUACAGCUAGUUUGACACAUCUCAACCCUUAUAUUUGCAGGGAAAAGUUACCACAUGUUGCCCAGUUUUGGUACAGUCGCAGCAUCCCGCUGGUUCAGUGUCGCGCCUUGCACACAAGCAUUCAUAGAAGGGGGCUGGAUGAGUUCUUUGACCUCCCUGAGAACUGGGGAGAAAGCAAGGUGAAAUCAGGUGCACCAUGGACUGCCAAACAACUGAGAACAAAGAGCAACGAGGAUUUGCACAAACUCUGGUAUGUGCUGUUGAAAGAAAAGAACAUGCUGCUCACACUGGAGCAGGAAGCGAGAAGACAAAGGGUUCCGAUGCCAAGUCCGGAGAGACUACGGAAGGUGCAGCGAUCCAUGAUCAGGCUGGAGACGGUGGUGAUGGAGAGAGAGACUUCACUGCGUCUACUCCAAAUGGGCCGGGAGAAGGGGAGACCAGGCGCCUGGAGGAGGAACGUGUUUGGAUAUGUUUAUUGGUAUCGAUUCAAAGAGUAUGCCAUUCCUUGGUAUAUGAAUAAAAGAUACAAGCGUAAGAGGUUUUACACACCCAAGUUUGUUGAACCGCACAUCAGGUUACGGAUUGAGAGGUUCCUUCGGGAGAAGUACAGGAAAGCAAACAUGGAAAAGAAAAAGCUCGCCAAACUUCAAGGAAGGUUCCCCCAGAUGAAGGUUCCAGCAUGAAAACCAAGUCAUUCGUCCUGUAGAAGUCACUGUCACCACGCUUCAUUGAAGAUAGACUUGAAACUGUUGAGUGAACUGAAGUAACCUUUGUGAUGAUGUACGAUAAACUAUUACCUUACAA